ACUCUAUUAAAGACUCUCCAUGGUUUCUCUUCUCUAUGCUUCCCAAGCGAAAUCGAAACUCUAAUCUCUCUCCAUCUCUCUCAGACAAAUUCCGUCGAACACAAAAUGGGCAGCUUGGAGAAGGAAAGAACGACGACAGGAUGGGCAGCGAGAGACCCAUCAGGGAUUCUAUCGCCUUACACAUACAAUCUUAGGAACACAGGGCCAGAGGACGUGUUCAUCAAGGUGAUAUGCUGUGGUAUCUGCCACACCGAUCUCCACCAGAUCAGGAACGAUCUCGGCAUGUCCAAUUACCCCAUGGUUCCUGGUCACGAAGUUGUUGGUGAGGUCAUGGAGGUUGGUUCCGACGUCACUAAGUUCAGAGUAGGUGAUCGAGUCGGAGUAGGUUGCAUCGUCGGAUGCUGCAAGCAAUGUUCUCCUUGCAAAUCAAACAUUGAACAGUACUGCAACAAGAAGAUUUGGUCCUAUAACGAUGUAUACCUAGAUGGGAAACCCACCCAAGGAGGCUUUGCUGAAUCCAUGGUCACCAAUCAGAAGUUUGUGGUGAAGAUACCAGAUGGGAUGGAGGCAGAGCAAGCGGCGCCGCUACUAUGUGCAGGGUUGACGGCUUACAGUCCACUGAGGCAUUUUGGGUAUAACCGGAGUGGGGUGAGAGGAGGAAUUUUGGGACUCGGAGGCGUUGGGCAUAUGGGGGUAAAGAUAGCCAAGGCGAUGGGUCACCAUGUCACUGUGAUUAGCUCUUCUGAUAAGAAGAAAGAGGAGGCCUUAGAGCAUCUCGGCGCCGAUGCUUACCUUGUGAGCUCUGAUGCUGCUGGCAUGCAAGCUGCCGCUGAUAGCCUCGAUUACAUCAUCGACACUGUUCCCGUCUUCCAUCCCCUCGAACCUUACCUCUCCCUCUUGAAGGUCGACGGUAAAGUGAUCUUGACUGGUGUCAUUUCAACCCCUCUGCAAUUCGUUUCCCCUGUUGUAAUGCUCGGGAGGAAGUCGAUCACUGGGAGCUUUAUAGGAAGCAUGGAUGAGACAGCAGAGAUGCUUGAGUUCUGCAAGGAAAAGGGAUUGACUUCCAUGGUGGAAAUAGUGCAGAUGGAUUAUGUGAACAAAGCUAUAGAGAGGUUGGAGAAGAACGAUGUCAGAUAUAGGUUCGUUGUGGAUGUGGCCGCCAGCAAGCUUGAUGAAUGAAUAUAAUCCCGUUACAAGCGUACGCAAUCCAGUUCCAGUGAAAGUGAAAAAAGCAUCUUCCUCCUGCUCCAGAAACAUUCUUUUCUAGAGAAAGACCUUUCCCUUACACGCCUGUGCUCGCAAUCAUGUGCUUUCUUUUUUAUUUUUUGUCUUAAAAAAUUUGGUUGUCGAGCGUAUAUGGAAUAUUUGGAUAUUAUAUUUUCAUGAUCUCAAUAUAAUUUUGCAUACGAUAGACUAUA